AUGGCGGACGAGAUCGCGGAAAAGCAUGGGGCUGCCCAAGCUGCCACACAGGUUCACCACGAGCCAACUGGGAAUGUUGAAAGACCGGAAUCAUCUGAGCCUGACCACGAAAAGCACGACGAGCCAAUAUCCAGUAUCGAGGAUACAGAAGAGCCUAUUCCACACUUGCAUGCAAAGACCUUUUUGGUUGUCUUCGCGGUCUGCCUGAUCUACUUCGCUCAACUCAUCAAUGUUGUUGGCGCUGGAGCUCGUGCUCAAGACAUCUCUGCCGUCCUUGGUGGCUCUUCGAAAAGUGUUUGGUUGACAUCCUCUGUCGCAAUUCUCACCACUGUCCUGAGUCCUCCAGUUUCUCAAGCAGCUGAUUACUGGGGAAGACGAUGGUUUCUCAUUAUUCUCACCGGAUUCGGUGCCGUCGGAUCCAUCAUCGUUGCUCGCGCUACGUCCAUGAACAUGGCAAUUGCAGGUGAAGUCAUUACUGGAGUAUCAUACGGAGCCCAGCCACUGCUGCACGCCGUUGCAUCUGAAGUCUUGCCACGAAAAUACCGACCUUACGCACAAGCGGCAGACAAUGUUGCCGCAGCUCUCGGUGGAUUGACUGCAUUGCUUGUUGGAGGAGCCAUGACAAGAAACGGCAAUCCUGGUGGAUUCAGAAAUUACUGGUACAUGUCGUUUGCAUUCUACUUCGUGGCGACUGCACUUUGCGCCGUCCUCUACAACCCACCUCCACAGAAAUCCCAGAUCGGACUUACCAAUGGCGAGAAACUGCGAAAACUCGACUGGGUUGGAUACUUCCUCUUUACUUCUGGAUUGGUCUUGUUCAGCAUGGGACUUUCUUGGUCUCAGAACCCGUUCAGCUGGACCGAUGCACACAUCCUCGCCCCAUUCAUCAUCGGUAUCGUCCUGAUCUUGUGCUUGGUCGUUUACGAAACAAAAUUCAAACGAGAUGGCAUGUUCCACCACGAUCUCUUCAAGAACGGAUGGAACUUCGUGAUUGCGUUGGUCUGUGUGUUCGUUGAAGGACUUUCCUUCUUCGCUGCCAACAACUAUUUCGCAUUCCAGGUCAGUGUGUUGUACGAGACCGAUCCUCUGCGAACAGGUAUCCGAUAUGGAAUCAACUUCAUCCUGUACGCAUUAUCUGCUGUCCUGGCCGGUGUGUACUGUUCCACUACAAGGCAGGUUCGGUUCCCGACUGUACUUGCAUUCUGCUUCAUGAUUGCAUUCUUCAUCUGUAUGGCAACAAGCACUCCAGGUUCUUCCGAUGCCGUUUGGGGAUAUCCAGUACUACUUGGUGCUGGUCUUGGAAUAGCGUUAUGUGCAAUCAUCACUGCUGCACAAUUGAGCACUCCUCCAGAGAUGAUUUCCAUCACCAGUGGUUUGUUGAUUGGUGUGCGGUCUUUGGGUGGAAGUAUUGGUCUCGCAAUCUACAACGCCAUUUUCACUGGAAAAUUCUCUGGCAACCUCGGGUCCAAAAUUGCCGGAGCUGUUCUACCUCUGGGACUUCCACCUUCCUCUCUACCAGAUUUCAUCGGCGCUCUCGCUCACAGCGACACUGCUUCUCUACCUGGCAUUCCAGGUGUAACCCCGGAGAUCAUUGGUGCAGGUGUUGGCGGAUUAUUUGAGGCAUUCAGUAUUGGAUUCAGAUAUGUCUGGGUCGCAGCAGGCUGCUUCACAGUUGUUGCUGCCAUUGCCGCCAUCUUCUUAGUCGACCCAGUGAAAGAGUUCAACAUGCGCAUCGAUGCACCGGCAGAGAAGGAGGAAGAUCUAUAUUCUACCAAGUCGUAA